GGGCCCUGUGCAUGUGGACUCCAGCCACGAUGAUGGGGACCUUACCAUGAUGGACGUGCCCAACAGCUGCGUGGCCUUUGUGACAGGCUCCGGCGGCAACUUCCUGCGUGCCUGCGAGGAGGAGUGGGGCACGCUCAUGUUCUUCUGCGACUAUCAGAGCCCUGGCCUAGGAAUCGGGCGUCAGCAGCACGUGGAGCCUGAAGAUCAUGGCGGCCAUCGAGGCCAAGAUCCCAGGUCACUUUACCAACGGCGUGGGCGAUGUCCAGAGUCCGGAGGAGAGGAUUGGGCGGUGGACACCAUGCCCCUCACAGGGGACGAGCUGUCCUUCGCCCUGGGCAAGGAAGGAUCCACGCGGCGGAAGCUGGCGGCCGCCAGCGGCUGCAUCUUGGAGUACGUGGGGAACGUUGCCUGCAUGGCCGGUAUGCCGCCUGAGCGCCAGCGCGCGCGGGACUACAUCACCUGGCUGAAGCAGCAGCGCGUGGGCCCGGUCUUCAUCGACAUCAGCCAGCGCACGGACGCCACGGAGGUGAAAGUGCCCAGAGAGCUCACGGGCAUCCUGAAAGGACGAACAACUCUACGAGACAUCGAGCACGAGACCGACACCUUCUGCUUCCUCGAGGGCGACGUGGACUCUUCCGAGCGUCUGCUGAUCUUCGGGGCCACCCGGGGCCGCCGCAAGGCGGAGCGCAAGGUGCAGGAGCUGAUCCGCGUGCGCCCACCCCGCCAGCCGCAGGAGGAGUUCUUCAAUGGUCACGGGGAAGGGGGCCUCGUGAAGGCGGAGAUCCGCACGGGGCACGCCAUUUGCCAAUCCCUGGAGAAGGACAAGCUCCAGGCAAUCCAGCAAUUCUGCGGCGCCCGGCUGACGCAGCAGGGCGAGGAGACUGUGCUGAUCCAGGGCCACCAGGAGCAAGUGAACCUGGCCAAGAAGCGGUUGCAGGAGUACAUCUUCGGGCUCAAAGUGGAUGAGGAGUUCACCACGCCGAGCGGGGUGCCCUUCCACGUCUUCAUCGCCAAGGCGGCGGAUGGCACGCCCUCGGUGCUCGAGGAGGUACGAAACCGAACACGAGUCCGCGUACAGGUGAAGCAGGCAGAGCACAAGAUCAUCCUCUCGGGCAUUUUCUCAGUGGUGUCCAACGCGCGCCGGGACCUGCAGGCCUUCCUGAGCUCCUUCGUGACCCACGAGGUGCAGCUGCAGAAGGAGCAGCUGGAGAAGGUCUCGACGCUGGGGAAGCAGCGCUUCCCCAAGCUGAACAACUUCCGACACCUGGUCCAGGCACAGAUCAACAAGGAGCAGCUCAAGCUGACGCUUUCUGGUGGCACUGAAGCCAUCAAAGAGGCGCGGGAGGCCCUGGAUGAUCUCUUCACCAAGGAGGGCUGGACUUUGCCUCCGUCGGAGAUGUUUGCAUCCAAGCACAGCAUGUCCCGCGGCAGACACGACGGCGAAGGGGAGCGGCCCAGCCGGAACCGCCACACGGCGGAGAUCCUUCAGCUCACGGACAUGGACUCGGCCUUCAUCCUGGGCCGCGGGGGGAAGACCAAGCACAAGAUCGCCCGCGUCUCGGGGGCCACGCUGGAGCUCCAUGAGCACAACUGCACCGUGGAGAUCAUGGGGGAGGAGCCGGAGCGCCGCAAGGCGCGCAAGUACAUCAACCUGGUUCGCGCGCAGCGGGUGGGGCCUGUGCACGUGACCCCGGAGCAGCAUGACGACGGGGAUCUCACGAUGUUCCCGGUGCCCUCGAGCUGCGUGGGCUUCGUCACGGGCUCCCAGGGCAACUUCCUGAGGACCUGCGAGGAAGAGUGGGGCACCCUGAUGUUCUUCUGCGACUACCAAGGCCCUGGCGGCAGCAGCGACGACUCGGAGAACUUGGCCAUCUUCGGGACCCGCGCCGGGCGCACGGGCGCGGAGCUGAAAGUCAUGGCCGCCAUCGAGGCCAAGAUCCCGAGCUACUUCACCAAGGACCUCGGCGAUGAAUGUUCUUCCGAAGACUGGGGCCGCGACACCAUCCCCCUGGAAGACGAGGAGUUGUCCUUCGCCUUGGGCAAGGACGGCUCUACAAGGAAGAAGCUGGCUCGAGCCAGCGGUUGCAUCCUAGAGUAUGUGGGCUAUGUGGCCUUCCUCGCGGGCUCGGUGCCUGCCCGGAGGCGCUGCCGGGAUUACCUCACCUGGCUUUUGAAGCAGCGCACCGGCACGGUCUACGUGGACACACAGAAUCGCAACGACGUCACGGUGGUGAACAUGCCUCAGGACUUCGAGGGCGUCGGCAGCGUGUUCAAGAGCAUGGCGCUGAGAGGCAUUGAGCAGGAGACGAAGACCUUCUGCUUCCUGGAGGGCAACACCAGCAAAUCCGAGAGGUUGCUGAUCUUCGGGCACGACAAGGGCGGCCGCGAAAAGGCCAAGAACAUUGCGCUGGGCAAGAUCGAGGAGCCGCCUGAAGAACGACGAGAAGCACCACGGCGGCGGAGGCAACCGCAGGCCCCCGCAGCGCCGGCCCCCACCGGUGCCGCCGCCGCCGCCGCCCCCUGCGAGCACGAGCCACGCGCCGAGCCACGCGACGAGCCACGCGCCGAGCCACGAGGAGCCGGCGCCAUCGGGGUGGGGCACUGGCCCACGGAUGCGGCAGUGGGCGUCACAGGACAGCAGCGAAUCAGACGAGGAGAUCGUUCCCUACUGGUAGAUCAUUUUGGCAGAGUCCUCUUAGCAUUUGCAGUUGAUCUACUUGCUGAUUGGCCAUGAGCUACAGGAGUCGCAAAGUGUGGCCGGCCAUUGUGUCAACAGCGCACAUCUUCAUCAUCGCCAUUUGCGGAUUUGCGGGCCAAUGAUUGGGCCGCCCGGUCAGCUUGACCGUACGCCUGGUGAACGAGGAUUUUGGCGGUGAUUCGAUAAGGCGGGGCACGGGGAAAACAAAUUCGUCGCCCCCUGCCGGAAGAGCGGCCGGGAGCAAGAGCCACCGCUGAUCAGCGGCCGAGA